ACUCGAGGCGUGAACGUGGCAGCCAUUUUACAUCAUCAAGAGUGAAUGACUGAAGCCGGAUCAGUGCCGGGAGUUUUACACUUUUUCUGUCUUUUAAAUAUCACAUUUAUCUUCCUAAAUAAUCAACACCAUACACGUUGGUGAUCCAGCGGCAGAUUUCUGGAGACAUGGCCACAGAACAUAUUAAUGGAAAUGGUCCAGAAGAACCAAUGGACACCUCUGCUGCAGUUACCCAUUCUGAGCACUUCCAGACUUUAUUAGAAGCUGGUUUACCACAGAAAGUUGCUGAAAAACUAGAUGAAAUUUACAUAGCAGGUUUGGUGUCACACAGUGACUUAGAUGAUCGAGCAAUCGAGGCUCUGAAAGAAUUCAACGAAGAAGGUGCUCUGCAAGUCCUUUUGCAAUUUAAGGACAGCGACCUCUCACAUGUUCAGAACAAAAGUGCCUUUCUUUGUGGCGUGAUGAAGACGUACAGACAGAGAGAGAAACAAGGGACCAAAGUGUCAGACACCAAUAAAGGACCAGAUGAAGCCAAAAUCAAAGCUUUGCUGGAGAGGACUGGCUACACACUUGAUGUGACAACAGGCCAGAGGAAGUAUGGAGGUCCCCCGCCAGAGUCUGCUCACUCAGGGGCACAGCCCACCAUCGGUACAGAGAUAUUUGUAGGCAAAAUCCCCAGAGAUCUCUUUGAGGACGAGCUGGUUCCGCUGUUUGAGAAAGCUGGCCCCAUCUGGGACUUGCGCCUGAUGAUGGAUCCUCUCAGUGGCCUGAACAGAGGCUACGCCUUUGUCACUUUCUGCACUAAAGAAGCUGCACAGCAGGCUGUCAAAUUGUGCAACAACAAUGAAAUUCGACCGGGUAAACACAUCGGCGUGUGCAUCUCUGUGGCCAAUAAUAGACUGUUUGUUGGCUCCAUCCCCAAGAGUAAAACAAAAGAGCAGAUUGUUGAAGAAUUUGCAAAAGUUACAGAGGGUCUAAAUGAUGUCAUAUUGUACCACCAGCCAGACGACAAGAAGAAAAAUCGAGGCUUUUGCUUCCUGGAGUAUGAAGACCACAAGACGGCAGCUCAGGCCCGCCGCCGGCUCAUGAGCGGCAAGGUGAAGGUGUGGGGCAAUGUGGUCACCGUGGAGUGGGCUGAUCCCAUCGAGGACCCAGACCCAGAGGUCAUGGCCAAGGUCAAGGUGCUGUUUGUGAGGAACUUGGCGAGCACUGUUACAGAAGAGAUACUUGAAAAGGCCUUCAGUCAGUUUGGCAAGCUGGAGCGGGUGAAAAAAUUGAAAGACUAUGCCUUCAUCCACUUCGAGGAAAGAGAUGGUGCUGUGAAGGCUUUGGCUGAUCUCAACGGCAAAGACCUGGAGGGUGAGCACAUUGAAAUCGUCUUCGCCAAACCCCCCGACCAGAAGAGGAAAGAGCGCAAAGCCCAGAGACAAGCCGCUAAAACACAAAUGUAUGAUGAAUACUAUUAUUACGGGCCUCCCCACAUGCCACCACCCACAAGAGGCAGAGGCCGAGGUGGGCGGGGAGGUUAUUCGUACCCCCCUGACUAUUACGGCUAUGAAGACUAUUACGAUUACUACGGAUACGACUACCACAACUACCGGGGCGGCUAUGAGGACCCGUACUAUGGCUAUGACGACUUCCAGGGGUCCGGGAGAGUACGAGGAGCGAGGGGAGGAGUCCGUGGAGGUGCCAGUCAGACCAGGGGCCGUGGUGGCGUCACACCGAGGGGCCGAGUGGGCUUCUCCCAGCGAGGGGGCCCUGGAACAAGCAGAGCAGGGAAACGGGGCCGAGGGCGGUCCUGACCUGUCACAGUGGAUACUGACUUGAUGUGUGGGGUUACACCGUAAGCUGCAAUGGAUGUUGAAACAAAAAAAAAGAAAAAAAGAGCACGACAAAAAGGUCCAAUGAUAUUCCAGCCUUACAGAAGAAGCAUCUUCCCCCUCCCCCAUGUUUUUUUUUUUUUUUUUAUUUGUUU